GCUCCGUCUCCCCACCCCACGGUCCUAGUCCCGCACACUGCGGGAGGGGCUGGACAUGAACCCUCCCAACUUCGGCAGAGAGCUGGCGAAAAGUUUCUGAAAGGAAUGUCUCGGCGACACAAGGCGGCGGUUGAGGAGCCGGUGAGACUUUAACGGUGCUGGAAUGAGGCGACCUUUGCACUGGUUGGACACCUCCACUGUUGUCUCUGUUCCGGAUGCCACCCUGAGUGUGAACGACAGACUACCCUGGGGUCACACCGGCUCCUGCACCACAUCGCAAUUAUCUUCACCGAGUGGGCCGGUCUAUAUGUCAAUAACGAUCAUGUACUGAUAUCGUUCUUCAUGCAACAAGGACGGACUGGAAAGGGCUUGCAGAAAUUUGUGGUGGUAGUUGAUGGAUGCAACUGAAGCUUUAAACCUUGAAGACGGCAAGGGAGGGCAACAGGUCAUGCCUUCCAGUGGACAUACCAAAUCCAUGUUACUCCUUGUCGCCAGUGAGGGUUGCAAGUCUAAUAAUAUACCAAAUGGUAUUGGGAAAGGCCAGAAGAAUCCAAAGGAAUUUGUCCAGAUCUCUGUCCCAGACUCAAGCCAUAAAUUUCCACUGGAGUGGUGGAAAACAGGCAUUGCCUUUGUUUAUGCGCUUUUCAACUUGAUUAUGACCAGUGUGAUGAUCACUGUGGUACAUGAGAGAGUCCCUCCCAAGGAAACAAACCCUCCCCUACCCGACACUUUCUUUGACUACGUGGACCGGGUCGAAUGGGCUUUCAAGAUUUCGGAAGUCAAUGGCUUGAUCCUGGUUGGCCUGUGGACAAUUCAAUGGUUACUUCUCCGCUACCGGUCCAUCGUAGGACGAAGGUUUUUCUUCAUCAUGGGAACCUUGUACCUUUACAGGUGUAUCACCAUGUACAUCACCACUCUACCUGUGCCUGGAAUGCACUUCCAGUGUGCACCAAAGCUGUAUGGGGACUCUCAGGCCAAACUGCAACGAAUCUUAAAGCUGAUAUCCGGUGGAGGGCUUUCCAUUACGGGGUCACACAUUAUGUGUGGAGACUUUCUCUACAGUGGUCACACUGUAAUGUUGACCAUCACUUACUUGUUUAUAAAAGAAUAUUCACCACGUCGAUCGUGGUGGUACUCGUGGUAUCUGUGGAUCUGCUGGCUUCUCAGUGCAGUAGGAAUCAUAUGCAUCCUAAUAGCCCAUGAACAUUACAGUGUGGAUGUCUUAGUGGCUUAUUACAUUACUACAAGACUCUUCUGGUGGUACCACACCAUGGCCAAUAUCCCGACCUUGAAAACCCCGUCACAGACCAAUCAGUUUUCCCAGGUCUGGUGGUUCCAGCUUUUCCUUUUCCUGGAGAAGAACGUGCACUCAUCGGUUCCGUGCUCCUAUGUGUGGCCUAUCACCUGGCCUCCAAGCUGCCUGAAGUUGCCAUGUUGGAGAUACUCCAGGGUUCAGAAAUUGUGAAGCACCGACAUGGACAGAGUAUUGUAUUGUUUCCUGCUCCACACUCAUCGAAAGAGAAAAAAAAAUCUUUUUGCUUUACAUUCAGUUCCAUCUAAUAAAUUGAUCAAAUAUUUUUUUCCCAACAGCUGGAAGAUAAGCUUAGGAAAUCUAAGGUAGUGGGGAACUAAUGUUGUGCAAAUUCCAUUUGCCUUUUUAAUGUGCAUUUAACUUCAACCUUAACAGCCACAAGAAAGGCAUUUGAAAUUAAGUAAUUACUUGAAUCAUUCCUAAAGUGUUGCUUGCAUACAUGAACCAGAAGAUAGGAUCUCGACGGAUCUUAGCGGCACAAUGCCACAGCUGGUAGAGCUUCUGCCUCAUAGUGCCAGAGACCCAGGUUCGGUCCUGACAGCGGGUGUUGUCUGCGUGAACUUUACCCAUUCUUCCUGUGGCCACAUGGGUUUCUCCCACAUCCCAAGGACAUGCGGGUUUGUAGUCCUUUGCAAAUUGAUCUCUGCAAAAUCGCUCCCUAAUGUGUAGGGAGGGAUAACAUAGAACUAAUGUGAAUGGGUGAUCGAUGGUUGGCAUGGAUUCGGUGGGCAGAAGGGCCUGUUUCCAUGCUGUAUCUAUCAAUCAAUUAAUUGAUUUAGGUCUCAGCGGUGACCUAGGUUACAAAGAUAUGCACUCAAAUAAUCUGCAAAUAUAGUCCUACCAUUAUAGAACAUGCUACUUGAAAGGCACAGCUGGGUGCGAUCUAUUCUACUGAUUAUGAUUUAACACAUUUAUGCAACAAAUUAUUUUGCACAUUAUUUCUGAUGAAACUGUGAACUUUGAAUUACCAGCAUAACAGUCCCAUCUCCACACAAACUGGGAUUCCAUCAUGACUGAUUUGUCGUUUCAAAGCAUGCAGUAUAUGCCAAAGAAAGGGCAAAAAAUGAACAGAACGAGGGGUCUCGGUCUGAAAAAGCUGCUUUCUCUUUUCAUUCUGAAUAUGCAACAAGGAAAUUAAGGUUUGUAGGCUCCUCCCUGCCAAAGGCUUACAUGUUAAUGCACCACAGAAAUUCUCAGUUCAGAUAGGAGAAAACACAGUUGACUUUAGUGCCAUUGAUUGAGGCUGGGGAGGCAUCAGGCAGCAGACUCCUGAUUGCUAUGGAAGGACUGAUGGUAGAAUCGUGCAAAGGCAAAUGUUGGGGCCGGCCUGUGAUGCCUUUGCUGCUGCUCUCACUUUUAAAUGCUUGCAAGCCAGACUUGCAAGUGAAAUAAGCAUUGGGCUGAGUUCUGCAGAACUGCCUGGUGGCUGUUUCUUAGUAUGGAAUCACAACUUUUCAGUUGGAAAGAUGAAAGUGAGGGGGAGAGGUGGGUGGGAGGAAAUGUCCUUCAUCAAAUGUAGGUCAGUACAAUCCGCGGUGAUUCAUUUUUACAGAUCAACACACAGUUGAAGAUGAGGUUCAGAAACAAUUGUCAGUUGAUAUUCAAUGGUUAAACGCUGACAGCAGUUGCAUUGUUUAAUUUUGAAGUUUAUUAUCUAAUGCCUGCAGUGGUCAGGACAUUUUUUGAUGUUUGUCUUCAAUAUUUGGAGUUUUCCUUUUAUCAGCUAAAUUCCAUUGACUAAAAUUUGAUUUUUGCAACUUGUUUUCAUCCAAAUCACUGCCCACUGUGAAAGUAAUGUAUUUAUAUAUUUACCCCACUUUCAGUAAAAGAGAACAAACACAUACAACGUGUUAUAAAAAUCAGUGUUGCAUAUAUAUUUAAUCUACAAAGCAUUAUUUUUCUUAAUUAAUUCAUAUUACCAAGUGUUAGUCCAUAUGAUCAUUCCUUGAAAGGAUAGACCAUCUUUGCUAAUUCUUACUGGUGCCAAAUAUCUGUUAUCCUUACAAAUAAAGUUUUUGCACAAUGUAAAAUAAAUAUUGAAGAUAGACACAAAGUGCUGGAGUAACUCAGCGGGUCAGGCAGCAUCUCUGGGGGAAAAGGAUGGGUGACGUUUCGGGUCGAGACCUUUCUUCAGACUGAAAGUAGAGGCAAGGGAACUGGAGGUAAAGAAAAAGGCCAGAUGCAGGACCGGCAACCAAUGGCUAAGGAAGGGUGGAGCCCAUAAUGGACCAUUGUUGGCUGGUGAAGAGGUAAUAACCAAGCGAUACAAGGCUGCGGACAGUGGAACUAGUAGGAUGACUAGAGUGGGGGAGGGAAUGCAGAAGUUACUUCAAAUUAGAGAAAGCAGAAUUGAUAUUGUUGGGUUAUAAGCUCCCCAAGUGAAAUGAAUUUUGUUGUUUACUCUUGAGUUGAGAGCAACCACAUUCCUUUUUUGGUGAAAAGGUAGGUUCCUGCUAGUGGAGAGGCUGCAGUUGUUUCAUGAGCAGUCAUUUGCAUCUCUACCUAGUCCUUCAGUUAUUGCCUGAAGAAGUAUGCAUUGAUAAAGCAAAAAUGAAGAAAGGUUUUCCACCGGUCAAUCAGAAUAAGUAAAGCAUGUCUGCGAGCCUUCUCCCUCUCCCCCCUAAAACACACCAACAUUUAGUUGAUAAACCUCUCUCCAGGAAUUUAGACUUUCUUUAGACUUUAGAGAUACAGCGCAGAAACAGGUCCUUUGGCCCACUGAGUCCGUGCCGACCAGCGAUCGCUCCGUACGCGAGCACGAUCCUACACACGAGGGACAAUUCACAAUUUUUUUGCCGAAGUCAAUUAACCUACAAAUCUGUACGUCUUCGUUGUGUGUGAGGAAAAUGGAGCAACCGAGAAAACCCAUGCGGUCGGUCACGGAGAAUGUACAAACACUAUACAGCCAGCACCCGUAGUCAGGAUUGAACCCGGGUUUCUGGUGCUGUGCCACUGUGCCACCCUAAUUGAUGGAGCAACAUUUGAUGAUCUUUCCUCUACUCCCUCAGGCGGACAAUUUUGACAAUAUCCAAUGGGAGAUCCUUCAAAUGAUCUUCUCAAAUUCCAUGCACCUAUGGAGAUAUUUUCCAUUCACAUGCUUGAGAGCUGUUCUGUUGGAAAGGGAAGUCUCGAUAUACUUAUUUGUAUGUCACAGUCAACCCUUGAUUCAAUUGAUUGGAAGGAUACCUUGAAAUUGGUCCCUUUAUAGAAUGGUAAGGGCGGCACAGUGCCGCAGCUAGUGGAGCUGCUGCCUCACAGCGCUAGAGACCUAGAUUCGAUCCUGACCAUGGGUGUUGUCUGUGUGGAGUUUGCAUGCUCUCCCUAUGACUGCAUGGGUUUCUUCAGAAUGCUCUGGUUUCCUCCCACACCCCAAAGGGUUUGUAGGUUAAUUGGCUGCUGUAAAUUUCCCUUUAGUGUAUGGAUGAAUGGAUGAGAGUGCAAUAUAGAAUUGUGUGAACAGGUGAUUAAUGGUUGAUGUGGAUUCAGUGGGCCGAUAGGCCUGUUUCCAUGCUGUAUCUUUCAAUGAUUCAAUGGUUUGCAGCUUUCAUUCAGCUGCAGUGCCGAAGAAAGAAUUAAGUUGAGCCACUAAAUUACCUCCAUUCCGUAGGGUUGAACUCUAAGCCAUUGUAACAAAGAUUACAUGGAUAGGACAGGUUAAGAGGGAUAUGGGCCAAAUGCAGGCAGGUGGGAUUAAUGUAGAUAGGACAUGUUGGUAGGUGUGGGAAAAUUGGGCCUGUUUCCAAGCUGUACGACUCGAUGAAUGUAGCAUACAGACAAGAAAAAAACAAAGUGCUAAAGGAACUCAGUGGGUCAGGCAGCCUCUGUGGAGGGAAUAUUCCACCAUUUUGUUUUUGCUGAAAAUCCCAGCGUCAGCAGUUUCUUAUGUCUCCACAACAAUUCAGACAUUUUCCUUUUGAACAAUGUAAUAUUUGUAGAUAUAUUUCUUAUUUUAAGAAUGUAGAUAAUUCUUUAAGAUUUGAUUUGAACGUCCGUACAGAUUGCACUUGGCUCUCAUUACCUAAACGGUUUGCAAUCUAAAUUCAGGUUGUACAAAGAAUUGAAGAAAUGUAAAGUUUACUAGGGAUACAAUCAUUGGUAUUUUUAUUAUUAAUAAAUGCUGCUUUUAUAUCGGAA